CUUUUUGUCUGUGUGUGUAGACAGUACGAAUCUUUUCUCUGAAAGGGAUGACCAGUAAACUAUUUGGCCAGGACACUCAGGAGCAGAGGGAGAGUAGGCUGGCAGCCCUGGAGCAGAGUAUACAGGAGGGGGAGGAGGCCGUAUUGGAGAAGAACAAAGAGUGUCGAGACUUUUUGCAAACAGCCUGGGCAGACAUCGAACUGUUUAAGGAGCAGAAGGACAAAGAUUUGCGUGAAGCACUAAUCAGCUAUGCCAUUAUGCAGAUCAGCAUGUGUAAGAAGGGAAUCCAGGUGUGGUCCAACGCCAAGGAGUGUUUCAAUAAAAUGUGAGCCACUUACCCAGCCAAUCACACUUCGCACCAAAACAAUAGCCAAUCAGAUUGUACAGAGUGGAAGCGCCAGCCAGUCGUUGUCCUUCCGUCUAAUGGAAAUAGGACGUGGGAGCCCAAACAAUGCGCUAAAUUGAAGCUGCUGAGGAUAAUUGUUCCCCUUUUCUCUUUCUUCCUCCCAGACAAACAUGCACACCCACAUUCAUUUAGAAAAAGAUAGCAAGUUGGAGUCAUUUAGUGAGUCCAUGCCUUUCUAAAGUUUCUUAAUGCUACCACUGCUGAUUUUGCUGUCGUGCUGCAGUUUUCCAUAUUCUUCAUGAUUUGCCAAGCUGAGAGCUCAUCUAAUGUCCUGCGCUGAUCAUUUUUGGGGGGGAAUCCCUGCUCAUUGAAUCUGAGUUGUAAACCCUUCUUUAAAAUAUUCUUUGCUUUGAAAAUAAGGGAUGCCAAGCAGAGAGCUACUUAACAUGCAGUCAUGAAAAGCUGUACAAUACAGCCAGGGGUUCAUAUGACUUGUUUCAGAAUUAACUGCCUCAGAGAAAUUGAAACAAACUGUGGUGGGCUUUCUUACUUAUUAAACUGCAGCUUGCUGUCGACUGACAAUAUUGGCAAUGAAAUGAAGAAUGGUGAAAGAAAACCUGUCAGAUGGCACUAUUGACCAGCAUCUUGUUUACGUUGGCACUUACUUGUCACCGUGCUAAAUCUAUAACUUUGGUGAUAACUCAGUAAUUCAUAAUUGUCUAUGUGCAUCUUUAGGCAGGGAUAUUUUGUAGCAACUGGCCCCCAGGAAUUAUCCAGAAAAAUGUCUUACUUUGAUUGUUUGGAUUUCUACAUAAUAAAUAUGUCAUAAAAAACAAAAUGCAAUCAAUUCAACUGUAAGGCAAGGAAACAUGGAGUACACUAAAAAAAACACAACUACACAUUCACAUGUACUUAUUUCCCUUUUCCAGAUUCGAUACACAUGUUGCUAUUGAUCGAUAGUUGACCAAAGUGUUUAUGACCAAUUAUGUGCCUGUAUAGUACAGAUCAGGUGGGAAGCACAGGAGACUGACGCAGUUGUUUUGGUUAUUUUUUUUAUUUGUGCCGAAAACAAAAGAGCCAUGAUGAAGUGUAGCCAGAAAGUCCUGAGAAUGUUUUUUGACUAAAGAGUUAAAGCAAAAAACACACUCGCUUCCUCUUUUCUUUACCGUCAAUAGUAAUAGGUUUAAUACGAACAUUGUUUUUUUACAACAAGGGAGGAGCAAAAAAGAAUAGUUUGACCUACUCUGCCUCACAUGUUUUUCUGAUUUGAACUCACUGCACUAAACAGACCUUCGUUAAAAUGAUGUGGAAUCUCUUUGGUAUUUUUAGGUUCAAGAUUCUCAGUCUGGCUUCAUACAUAUGCUAUAGAUUUACUAUACAUGUAAGACUUCUGCUUCAUUUACAAUCUAUAGUCAGAGUUUGGAAAAUCUAACAUCUGAAACUCAUACUGAGAUUAUUUUCUGUCUGCAAAUCUUUUUUUUUUGAAUGAACACAAUCAGUUUGCUGUAAUCAUCCUAAAUUGAAGCU